AUGGAGGAAAAAGUCGACAUCACUAGAAACGAUAAGCAACCCGUAGAGGAGUUAUCCCGGAGGCGAAUCCUUGAUCCGAAUAACCUCAGGCAUGUUGGGGUCGGUGAUGUCGACGACACGUCCAUUUUCUAUAAUCUGAAUAAGGAUAAAGCAGGGCCCUUAACCCCCGAGUUGGAAGGCAAAAUAAUUCGCAAAAACUUUUGGUGUCUUCUGAGCCAGACGUGGUGGAUUGCCUUUCUUAUCCAUCUGGACAAGUCCACUCUUUCUCAGGCUAGUACCAUGGGUCUUUUUGAGGAUGUCAAUAUUACCAAGCAGCAGUACAACGAUCUAUUUGUUAUGUUCUACGUUGGCUAUCUGAUUGCAUUAUGGCCAGGUGCCUGGCUAUCGCAGAGGAUUGGCCAAAAAUACUUCAUCACUGGCUCUCUUUUCCUAUGGGCUUUCCUGUUGGGGAUGCAUCCGCUUGUCAAAACGGGUCAGCAGUUGAUGGGCUUACGAUUUGUGUUAGGGAUGGCUGAGUCGCAGAUUGUGCCCAGCACGACUGUCAUUCACCAAGCAUUUUUCCCUCCCAAAAAGAGCCCCUGGGUUCAGCUCCUAUGGUGGGCGUCGGGUAGUUUCGCUAACGUUCUCCUUACCAUGGUUGCCUAUAAGCUUAUCCUAGACGAUGGGCACCUCAUCGGCGGCAUCUCCUCGUGGAAGUGGCUCCACAUCAUUUGUGUCGUCCUAACGUUUGUUGUAUUCUUACCUCUUGUCAUAUUCUUGCCAAACUCUCCCAUGGAAGCAAGGUGGCUUAGUACUGAGGAGAAGGUCCACACCAUUACAAUAAUUCGCGACACCCACGCCGGUAUCUCGAACACCUCAUUCAAAUGGUCUCAGGUACGCGAAUGCUUGGUAGAUCCUAAGAGUUGGCUAUUCAUUUUUCAUAUGUUCUUCAAUGAACUUCCGAAUAAUACAUCUCAGCAGUUGCCACUAAUCAUCGUAGGAUUCGGUUUCACGGCGGCUCAGAGCGCUCUUUUCAAUAUCGCAAAGCCUCUCAUUGGAACUUUCUUCAUUCUUGUGUCGGCUUGGUUGCUUUAUAGCACAAAUCUGGGGACCGGAUAUACUUGUGCUAUUUCCUACAUUCCCUGCUUUGUCGGCGGUAUUAUUGAGCUUGUCUCACCAUGGGAAAAUAAGAUUGCCCUUGUUGUUGGGACACAGAUCUCCACGUUCAAACCCUCUUAUCUCUUGGGUCUUUCUUGGGCGGGGACCACGACUACUGGAUACACCAAAAAGCUUUUCCUGUUGGCAUCAUGUGUGGUUGCGGCGUCUGCAGCGAAUAUGAUAUCUCCCGAGUUCUGGCAACCACAAUACAAACCGCGCUAUACUUUGCCGUGGGCCUUCAUGACAGCCUUCUGGUUCAUCUCGCCGGGUAUAUGUCUCGUGAUUCGGUUUUAUCUUGAGCGCGAGAAUAAACGCCGCCAAAUGUUACUCGAGGGAAAUGGUAGCGAGGACGAAAAUGAGAUGCUCGAUGCCGGUAGCCAAACUAUCAUGAUUAACAAUGAAGACUUGGAUCAAACAGAUCGAGAAAACCUGAAGUUUAUAUAUCCGCUAUAG